ACACUCUUACUAUUUUAUUCUUUUUUUCGGUCGAAAAUGGCUCCCAUUCAGAUUUAAACCUCAACGGUUCAGGUGAAAAAUAUUCAUUUCACGAAGCAGAUUUAUUAGUCUUAUAGGGACGAAAAUCUCACGCGAUUUAAGGAUGUCAAUAUUCUUGAGUAAAUAACAUUAUGCUUUUGGUUUCAAGGAUGGAAGAUAUAGCUCUUUCAUAUUUAACCCUUUACCUUCCGUGAUCCGCCUUCUAGAUGAGAAAAUGAUGCACCAAGUAUCGAGCAACAGCAGCGACUAUGGUCUGGGUAGCAUUGGAGAUGAUGGCCAACACCCAGCCAGUCACUUUGAACUGUGCACCUCACAAUCCAACAAGUUUUACCCCUCCGCCCCACCUCCCUCGCUACAACUGCCACUCCCAAACAUGCCUCCCUUGCCACAGGGAUUAAUCAAGCCCAUGUCUUGCCAAAUGCAGGACUCCCAAAACGAAUUUCACUCCCAGGCCGUUCGAAUGAGGGGUGCAGAGGCACCAGAGGGAUCCAAGAAGAAGAAGGGUCUCGGCAAGUCCGGACGACGAGGCAGGCCCUCGGGUACCACUAAGUCCGCUGGCUACAGGACGAGUACGGGGCGACCACCCGGGACCACCAGGGCGGCGGGCUUUAAAACCAGCCCGGGAAGGCCGCUGGGCACCACUAAAGCCGCAGGCUACAAGGUGAGCCCAGGUAGGCCUCCAGGCAGCAUCAAGACACUGGCGAGGCUCAACAAACUGGACUAUAGCGCCUGCAAUGGUGCUCCGUUCCCAUACACGAUGAUGCAGAAGAGGACCUUGUGCGAAGCCACCGUAAAAGAGAAAGACACUAAUGAGUAAAGAACGGGGGAUUCGGGUGCAUGUGAAUCGUGUUUGUACAGCCAGACUCUUUUUUUUUUAUACUUCACCAUACGUGAAUAUUCGUUAAAUCCUUUUUGUGCAUCCUUUUCCAAAGACCUUUAGCAUUACUAUUCUUGUUAUUGCAUAUGUUAACUUAUUGUACAGAUGUGCAUGAUAGUAGUAUUGUGAAAUAAAGUUACAGAAUCAGAUAGUAAUCUUUUUGGAAUGUACUGUAGAAAGACCUGGAAAUGUGUUGUUUUACACCAAACUUAAUCUCUCUUCUCUUGUUGAACUUACUGCUGGAAACAGUUCCAGCAUCCGUCACACACGAUGUGUUUCACAUUUGACUUUACCCAGUAAUAAUGACCCUUUUCACUUGAUGUCUAUAUGUGAUGUAUGUAUGUUCAUCUGUUUUGUUAAUGGGUUGUAUUUAAAGAUUGCCCUUUUCAGACAUAUAAUGCUGUUUUAUAUGAGCUCAAGUCUCAGAUUUGAGGCAUUUUUAAAGCGGCUCUUGUAAAUGGGACUUAAAUGUAUUAGAUAAGUUGAUAUCAUCAGCCAGUGUGUUGUGAUCAGUGAUAAUAGUUAUGCCGAUGAAUGAUUGAAUCUAAAAAAUACCAUGUUGUUACACGUUUUGCUUUGUUUUGUUUUACGACCUCUCAGAGUUUUGUGUUAUUAAAUACACCUGACCUGCUAACAAAAUAAACAAG